AGUUGGCAGCGAGGUCAGUGGUUCACAUGUGAGAGUGAAACUCCAUCCUGGGAGAUCAGAGCUGAGACCACCGUGGCUUUAAAGUCUGCAGACCAUAAAUAGCAACUGGAUCUACCUCAUAGUCAGAGGAUAAACGGGUGUAAAAGGAAAGACUUAGAUCAGCUGAAGGUUUCUAAUGGAGUUCAUCAAGAAAGGGGCUAAUGGAGAGGAAAACAGCCCUGAAGGGGAGAUGACAAAAGAGGAUAUUUCAGAGCCCGCUGAAGGAGACAGAGUCCUCGGCUGCUACGCCAGAAAUGCUCCCCAUCAGCGGGCGGUUAUCCACCAGGUGGCCUCUGCACCCAUGCCCAGUGACAGUGAGUUUUCCUUCUUUGAUCCUUCUGAGCCACAGUGUAGAGAAAUUCUUCAGGAUCCAAACACCACCAUCCCUGAGCUGUUUGCUGUCCUCAGGCAGUGGGUUCCACAGGUCCAGAAAAACAUUGACGUCAUUGGAAUUGAGAUCCUGAAGAGAGGUUGCGAUGUGAAUGAUCGAGAUGGUUUGACAGAUAUGAGCCUUCUGCACUACUGCUGUAAGGCCGGGGCCCCUGGAAUCGGCGAUGCAGAAAUUGCAGCCGGUUUUGCACGGCAGCUGCUAGCCUUGGGUGCCGACCCCAACCUUCGCUCACGAUGGACCAACAUGAGGGCGCUGCAUUAUGCUGCCUACUUCGACGUGCCCCAGCUCCUCGGUGUGGUGCUACAGGCGUCUCAGCCUGGAGAGGUUGAUGCCACCUGCAGUGACUUUGACUUUGGCACAGCUCUUCACAUCGCUGCAUCCAACCUGUGCACGUCGGCUGUCAAAUGUCUGCUGGAGUUUGGAGCUAAUCCAGCUUUCAGGAAUGAAAAAGGACAGUGUCCAGCAGACGUUGUACCUGACCCACUGGAUAUGCCCCUGGAAAUGGCCGAUGCAGCCGCCGUGGCCAAAGAGCUCCGUACUCUGCUGAGGCAGGCUUUACCCAGACCCAGCUCACCUCUGCCCCUCACACCGCAAGGCCAGGUCUCUGCUCUCUCUGAUAAGGCAAGGAAACAGCUGGCCUCCAUGGGAAUCCGACUCGGGGAUCGUGUGUUGAUAGCCGGACAGAAGGUUGGGACGUUACGAUUCUGUGGCAGCACCGAGUUCUCUGGAGGCCUGUGGGCCGGAGUGGAGCUGGAUAAACCAGAGGGGAAGAAUGAUGGCUCCGUAGCAGGGGUUCAGUAUUUCACCUGUCGAUUCAAACACGGAAUUUUUGCUCCCCUGUCCAAGAUAAGUAAACCCUUGGAGAAACAUAAGUCGAGCUCUGCAAAGACUCCUCUACGCCCCCCUCGUCGCAUUGACGUGUCGCGUGUUACUGCCAAGAUUAACACAGGUUUAUCCCCCUGCAAUAAAAAAACCCCGGACAGUGAAAAGCGUCCACCGAGUCCCAGUCAAAGCACAGAGGACGACAGCUCAGUCAGGAAGACAGGGAUACUUUCCCGCUCCCUCUCGUCUUCUUCAUCUUCGUUGGACUCUCGUCACGGACCAGGUGGCCGACCUCAUCCUCUGCCAAGGCAGCGCCUCCCUCCUAGGCAGAGAAAGGAGAACAUCUCCCCAAGUCUCCGGAUGACUCCACCACCCGCACUCCACUCAUCGCGCUCCUCAGCUCCUCCAGCUGUCGGUUUCAGGAGUAGGACCCCCUCAGCCAGCAGCUCUCUGUACGACUCUGAGGUGCGACAGGGGGAGAGGGUGCUGGUGGCGGGACAGAGGACCGGCAUUGUUCAGUUCUGUGGGAAAACCAGCUUUGCUCCUGGUAUCUGGUUGGGCAUUGAACUGGACAAGCCUAGUGGCAAAAAUGACGGCUCAGUUGGAGGAGUCAGAUACUUCAGCUGUCCUCCCAAACAUGGAGUAUUUGCUCCUCCCUCCCGUGUUCAAAGGAUCCACGGCUCAGUCGAUUGCCUUUCAGAACUCACCUCCUCACGUCUCCGUCAUCCAAUCAGUGGGACGAUUCGUCGCAGUUUGAGCACAUCAACAGCCAUCGCCACACCAAAGGAGCUGAGCAGGAGAAGCCCCGUCACCAGGAGCCGUUCUACUCCUCACCGUCGCCGCUGGAGCACCCUGAGCGGCAGCAGUGGAGGAAUUCCCGGAAGCACGGCAGGAUCUAGUCCUUCCGCCUGCUCAGACAGCCAGGUGCGUCUCCAGGUGGGCAUGCAGGUCUUCCUGACCAGCGCCAACGAGAUGGCCUUUAUACGCUUCCUGGGAGCAGCGGACUUUGCGCCAGGGCUCUGGCUUGGUUUGGAGCUCCGAAGUCCAAAGGGCAAGAACGACGGCUCCGUAGACGGCCGCCGCUACUUCACGUGUCGACCUGGCUACGGCGUCCUGGUCCGUCCCAGCCGGGUCACCUAUCGUGGCAUCAACGGUUCCCACUUGGUGAAUGAAAAAAGCUGAAGACUUUGAAUAUGGGUUGGAUCUCACGCUGUUUAAACUUUUUGCAUUUCUAACUUUUUGCAUUCUGAUUCUCUGCACUGCGGAGCUUUGAGCUAAAGACAUAACUGCUUUAAAGUUUGUAGGAGGCAAAAAGCACUUUAUAAAGUUACCAGGAAAUCUAUUUUGCAUAAAACUCUGCACUACUUUAUUCUGAUUGCACUGACAAGCCUGUCACUAUAAGAUCAGACUGACAAUAUCAGUGCUUUCUGGGAUUUUAUCAGUUAAUUAGGAUCUAAUUAAAGGUGUCCUUGUGUUUUUGUUGGUGCAUGUUGAUCAGAAGCACUUUAGAAAAGGAGACCAGGAUUUUUUAUAAACAGGGUUUAUAAUGGAAGUCAUGUUGGACUUAUUAGUAAAUAAGAUUAAAGGAAAUGAUGCUCUGUUUGGUGGCAAUAAAAGUAUUUAACCAGUUA